UGAGAAAGAGGAUUUUACUGGAUGGCAUCGUCUGCAAUAAAAUCAGGGGCAUUAGUUCCAUUAAAAGAUCUGAAGCCAUCUUCUGAGUUCUUCAAGGAUGGAGCCUCACUUAGAGUUACUGGAAAACUAGUGGAGUAUUCUGUAGAGACAGCCAUGGCCGUAAUCGUUGAUGGAAAUGUUAACUUGAAGAUCGACACCCAGCAUCUGAGAGAACUUAGCUUUCGCAUUGGCUCUAUAUAUCAAUUUAUUGGUGAACUACUUGUUCAAUCAGAUAAUGAGGCAACUCUGCAGGCACGUGUAGGCAGGAAUGUUGACGGCAUUGACCUCAACCUUUAUCAUCAGUCCCUGCAGCUGUUAAGACAAUUUCAGGCUGAUCACUUCAACAAGAGGACAAAUUAGUUCACUUUUAGCCUUGGGGAGAAUCUCUCGUAUGUUUCACCGACAGAGAUUUCAUCAGUCCAUGUUUUUUCCAAUGGAAUUUUAGUUGGUGACAAAGAGCCUACAACUCAGAACCUAUGAAUCUUGAAUUAGGUUGAUUAGGCAUAGGCCAAUAGGAAUACUUAACCAACCCACUUGAGUUCAUAGCUCUGUUGACCAAAUUUAUAAUUACUAUGCAAAUUGUAUUCUAGUGUGUAGGUUGUUCUUGUGGUGUCUAAUCCUUGUAAUCAAAACUCUUCCAAAUUUGUCAAAUUUUGUGUGCAAAUUAUUCCCAAGUAAUUAUGAGCCAACCAAUUUGAAGUAAUUUACAAGUUUACUCUUGCCCUAACCCCACUUGUAGAAACAAAUGGAUUCUUUUGU